AUGAAAUUAACACUCUUGUUCAUAGGAUUGUUUUUGGGCUUAAGCUCAGCAAUUAUGAUUCCUCAUCCAGGACCUCUCCAUUUCCACAAUCCUCCUAGAUAUUAAGUCGAUAUCGAUGCUCCUCCAAAAGUUUAAUGGGCUCCUAUAAUGAAUGAUUUCAAAGAACCUCUCUCUAUAUUUAUUGCUGAGUUUGAACAUUUACUUCCAAUUCCAAAGUGGAUUUUUAAUGCUGUUGGUGUUUAUGGAAAGACAAUCUUUAAAUAUUAAAAGUAUGUCAAGUAAGUUGAAGCCAUAGCUGAAUUAACUGGUCUUCCAUUCAAUACUUUAUUUACUUUGAAUUUCAUGUAUGAGCUUGCCUCAUGGAAAGCUUGCACUGGUGUUGUUGUAAGAAAUAAUAAUGGAACUAUUUAUCAUGGAAGAAAUUUAGACUUUGAAUUUUUCAGAUACUUUUCCAAUUUAACUAUGACUAUUGAUUAUUAUAGAAAUAAUCAACAUAUAUUCAGUGUAGAUGGUCUUGCUGGAGCUAUAUUUUUCCACUCCGGAGUUAAGCCUGGAAAGUUCGGAUUAACUUAAACCACAAGAAACUCUAAGUCUUUAUUCACUAAUCUUCAAGCUAUUGCUAAAGGAAACUUCCCUUCAGUUUGGCUUAUCAAGGAGACCUUAGAAACUGAAGACUCUUUUGAAGGCGCUGUUUAAAAAUUAAAUACCACUGCUAUCGCAUGUCCUAUAUACUAUAUGGUCAGUGGUCCUGGAAUUAACGAUGGUGUUGUAAUUGAAAGAAACUAUGAUUCAAUUCACGGAUUCUACUAAUUAAAUGAAACUACUUCAUUUUUAGUUUAAACAAAUUAUGACAGAGAUGUCCCUGAUCCAUGGUAUGACAGAAGAAGAAUUCCUGCUCAAGAAAGACUUGAAAAAUUAAAUGGAAAUAUCAACGAAACAAUUUUAAUGGAAGAUAUUAUGAUGAAAUAUCCCACUCUAAAUGUUGCAACCAUCAUGUCAACAGUUGUAAAUCCUCGCACAGGAUACUUCAAUACUUCAACUUGGUGGUGA